AUGGCACCCUCUUUCGACCACCUUCGCGAGGCCGAUCUUGACGAUGACGAGUUCAACGAUGACGAUAUUGAUAUCUCCGACCUGCGAGAACGAUUCGAGGUUUCCCUAGACCAAGGCUAUGACAACUUUGUCGUUAUCGACGGCCUUCCCCAGGUCACUGAGGACCAGAAGCCCAAGCUUGUCAAGUUCUUGUUGAAGAAGCUCAACACAGUCGGCAAGACACGCGAGGACUCCGUACACAUGCCCAUGGGCGACGAUGGAAAGUCUCUUCGAUUCGCCUUUGUCGAGUACUCCUCGCCCGCCGAGGCUGCCGCCGCUACCCGCCAGCUCGACCUCACCCCUCUCGACAAGAAGCACACUCUCCGCGUUAACAAGUUCACCGAUAUCGAGCGCUACGGCCGAGAAGGUCGCAUCGACGAGACCUACCAACCGCCCCAGAUCGAGGAGUUCACCGAGAAGGAGCACUUGCGAUGGUUCCUCAAGGACCCCUCAGGUCGUGGCCGCGAUCAGUUCGUCAUGUACCGUGGCGACAGCGUCGGAAUCUAUUGGAACAACGAGAAGGAUCAGCCCGAGAACAUUGUUGAGCGACCAUUUUGGACGGAGGCAUUUAUUCAGUGGUCCCCUCUGGGUACAUACCUUACCUCUGUCCACGCUCAGGGUGUCCAGCUUUGGGGUGGCUCUUCAUGGGUGCGACAAGCUCGAUUUGCUCACCCUUUCGUGAACAUGAUUUCUUUCUCCCCUGGUGAGAAGUACAUCGUCACCUGGUCCAACCGACCCAUCUCCAUCCCUGAUGAGGGCCACCCCGCUCUCUCCAUCGACGACCACGGCAAGAACUACGUUAUCUGGGAUAUCGCUACCGCUACUCCCCUUCGAUCUUUCGCCAACCUCGAGCCCCCCAAGGUGGAGGAUGGCAAGCCCCCGCCUAAGAUGCAAUGGCCUGCCUUCAAGUGGUCUGCCGACGACAAGUACGUUGCCCGUCUCAACCCCGGCCAGUCCAUCUCCGUCUACGAGCUUCCCCGCAUGAACCUUCUCGACAAGACCUCCAUCAAGAUCGAUGGUGUUGUGGACUUUGACUGGGCUCCCGCUAGUCCCAAGCGUGACGGUAUCAAGGAAUACGAGCAGCUUUUCUGUUACUGGACUCCCGAAAUUGGCAGCAACCCCGCCAAGGUUGGAUUGAUGAGCGUUCCCUCAAAAGAGGUUGUUCGAUCUCUCAACCUCUUCAGUGUCAGCGAUGCCAAGCUUCACUGGCAAUCCGACGCUGCCUACAUUUGCGUCAAGGUCGAUCGACACUCAAAGUCCAAGAAGUCUCAAGCCACAACUCUUGAGAUCUUCCGAGUCAAGGAGAAGGGUGUCCCUGUUGAGGUCGUCGACACCAUCAAGGAUACCGUCAUCAACUUUGCUUGGGAACCCAAGGGUGACCGAUUCGCCAUCAUCUCCACAACCGAGCCUGUAGGCGUCACUGCUGUCGCUCCCAAGACUGCCGUCUCUUUCUUCUGCCCCGAGAAGGCCAAGAAGGGCCAGCAAGUGGGUAACUUUAAGCACCUCCGAACACUCGACAAGAAGAACAGCAACGCCAUUUACUGGUCGCCUCGUGGUCGUUUUGUUGUUAUUGCCACCAUUGCCAACACACAGAGCUCCGACCUCGACUUCUUCGACCUCGACUUUGAGGGCGAGAAGCCCGAGUCCGACAAGGACCUUACCGCCAACCUCCAGGCUAUGAACACUGCCGAUCACUACGGCGUCACAGAUGUCGAGUGGGACCCCUCAGGUCGUUUCGUCGCCUCCUGGGCAUCUGCCUGGAAGCACUCUAUGGAAAACGGAUACCAUAUCUACGACUUCAAGGGUGAGGCUCUGCGAGAAGAGCCCCUUGAAAAGUUCAAGCAGUUCGCGUGGCGCCCUCGACCUGCUACUCUCCUUACUAAGGAGGAGCAGAAGUCGGUCCGCAAGAACCUCCGAGAAUACAGCCGUGUCUUUGAGCAAGAAGAUGCCGACCGUGGUGCUUCUGCUGAUUUGGCCGUUGUCGAGGCUCGUCGCCGUAUGCUCGAGGAGUGGCACAGCUGGCGCGAGUCUAUGGAGGCCGACGUGCUGGAAGAGCGCGAGGUUCUCGGCCUACCAAAGGACCCUCACGCUCCUCUGCUAGAGGCCUACACAAAGUCCCUGGAUACAUCAUCAGAUGAGGAUCGGGUGAUUGAGGAGAUUGUCGAGGAGGUUAUUGAGGAGAGUGAGGAGGUGCUCGCUUAG